AUGCGCGAUUUGGGCUCCCCAACUAUACCGUACCUCCCCGAUGACAAUGUUGAUCGCGGCAACUUGAUUGACGGAGACGAUCCUGACCUCGCGAUGGACAUUGAGGAACUAUCUGAACAUCGAUACCAAUAUGGAGAAGAUUUUGACCGCCAAUACUAUCCUAUCCAGAUUGGACAGAUCCUCAAUUAA